ACUCGUGUACUUCCGGACUGAACCAACCGGAAACCGCCUGCUCACAACUUUUGUCUUCGCUGUUGCACAUCGAUUAGAAAUAUCAGACAUCAUGUCGGGCUCAUCAAACAUUGUUGCGAUGAAGAAAAUCGUUCAGCAGUUGCGCUUCGAAGCAAACAUCAACAGAGUAAAGGUUUCUCAGGCGGCUGCAGAGCUUCAACAGUUCUGCAUUCAGAACGCCCUACAAGAUCCUAUGCUGACCGGUGUGUCUUCAAGCACCAACCCCUUCAGGACACAGAAGGUUUGCUCCUUCUUGUGAGGGUCCAUGAUGGGCAUCUGCCAUUUGGCUUUUUCAUGUUCCUGUGACAUUUCUGCUGGGGGAAAAAAAAAAGAAGAAAACCACUGCCAUGAUGUGUAAUUGAAGAAGCAGCAGCACGAAGCUGUCCUCUUGCCAGUUAAUACCUCAUGCC